AUGGUCUGGACAGUGUACGACGUAGCCAAAACCACGACUAAGCUUGGUGGUGGGAUGGCUCUACUAGCAUUGCUUGGUCUUUACUACUACCAGAACUCGCUCAUCUACCCAGCUUCAUUGAAUGACGGACAUGGAUACUGCGCUACUCCAGAUGAAUAUGGUAUACCUUAUGAGGCAAUAAAACUCACAACAAGUGAUGGGGAAACUCUUCAAUGCUACUCCAUGAAACAGGAUGCGAAAAGUCCAAACUAUACGAACAAAACAGUACUCAUACUUUCCCCUAAUGCAGGGAACAUUGGCCACAGUUUACCCAUCGCUUCAAUCUUUUACAAAAAGUUCGGUUAUAAUGUAUUUAUAUACAGCUACAGAGGGUACGGAUAUUCAACUGGUGCACCAAGUGAGGUGGGUUUGAAAAAGGAUGCAGAUACGGUUGUUGAAUAUUUGAGUCAGAAUGACACCCAAUAUCAACAAUCGUCUAUUGUGUUGUAUGGACGAUCUUUGGGUGGUGCAGUUGCUAUUUACAUAGCAGCAUCUAAAUCAUCUUCAAUCGAUGGUAUGGUUUUGGAAAACACAUUUUUGUCAAUUCGAAAAACCGUUCCCCACAUUUUCCCAGUUUUGAAGUAUAUAACCAGUUUUGUUCACCAAAAAUGGGAUCUGGAAACGCUACUUCCAAACAUUUCACCAAAGAUUCCAGUUUUGCUACUCAGUGCUCGUAGAGAUGAAAUCGUACCACCUCAACAUAUGGAUGAUAUUUACAACUUGUUACCAAGUGAUUGCAAAGAGAUUGUCAAAUUUGAGGAUAGUUUCCACAAUGAUACUGUGUUGCAAGAGUCUUAUUGGGACACUAUUCACACAUUUAUCAAAGACAAAGUCAACCCUGUAGGUUUGUGA